GAGUUUGCCUUUUCCUGCACGCAUCGUGAAAUCCUCAAACUACAACUACCACACACCCUUGCGAGGGGAGCCUAUUUCCAGCGUUAUGGAGUCUUCUUGAAUCGUAUACCUAUCGCAGUACUUUUGUUGACAAGUGAAAAAGAUGGCAGCUGACUCCACAGAUAAGAAAGAUGCUGAACCCUCAGCGACCAAAGACAGGGAGAGGAGACGCAGCCGUUCCCGGGACCGGGAUCGAAAAGGGUCACCUCUGCGUAAACGCCAUCGCUCUCGGGAACGGAACCGCUCCAAAUCCACAGAAAGAGACCGACGCUUGAAGGAGAGAGACAAGGAGCGUGAACGGGAUAAAGACAGGGACAGGGGCCGCAAGGACAGAGACAGAGAGAGGGACAGCCAUCGCCGGGAUAAAGAUCGCAGUAAAAGAAGCCCGUCUCCAAAGUCGAGGGAUAGCAGGAUAAAGAAGGAAAAAGACAUCAAAACAGAGGAGGAAGAAGAGGAAAAUAAAAAGAAAGAAAAGGUCCAACCGCUGUCAUUGGAGGAGCUUUUGGCCAAGAAGAAGGCAGAAGAAGAAGCAGAGUCCAAGCCCAAGUUCCUUUCGAGAGCAGAGCGGGAAGCCGAGGCUAUAAAGCGCCGUGAGCAGCAGGUGGAGGAGAGGAAGAAAUUGAUGGAUGAUGAGAGGAAGAAGAGGAGGGUGUUUCAGGACAUGGGUAGAAAAAUGUUGGAGGACCCACAGGAGCGGGAGAGACGGGAGAGGAGGGAGCGAAUGGAGCGAGAGAACAACGGAAAUGAAGAUGACGACGAGCGCCUAAAGUUGAGGGAGGAGAAGGAUAAAAGUAAAGAGCUCCACGCCAUUAAGGAACGUUACCUGGGCGGCAUCAAAAAACGGCGGAGAACUCGCCACCUCAACGACAGGAAGUUUGUGUUUGAGUGGGACGCUUCUGAAGACACAUCAGUCGACUACAAUCCCAUAUAUAAAGAGAAGCAUCAGGUGCAGCUGUAUGGGCGUGGCUUCAUAGCCGGCAUCGACUUGAAGCAGCAAAAACGAGAGCAGUCUCGUUUCUAUGGCGACCUGAUGGAGAAGAGAAGAACAUUGGAGGAGAAGGAGCAGGAAGAGACGCGCCUGAAGAAGGUGCGUAAGAAGGAGGCCAAGCAGCGCUGGGACGACAGACACUGGUCUCAGAAGAAGCUGGACGAGAUGACGGACAGAGACUGGCGUAUCUUCAGGGAGGAUUACAGCAUCACCACCAAAGGAGGAAAGAUCCCCAACCCCAUCAGGAACUGGAAGGAGUACGCGCUGCCCGCACACAUCCUGGAGGUCAUCGACAAGUGCGGCUACAAGGAACCGACUCCAAUUCAAAGGCAGGCCAUUCCUAUUGGCUUACAGAACCGUGACAUCAUCGGUGUGGCUGAGACCGGUAGCGGUAAAACUGCCGCCUUCCUCAUUCCUCUGCUGGUCUGGAUCACCACUCUGCCAAAAAUUGACAGGAUCGAAGACUCUGAUCAAGGUCCUUAUGCCGUGAUCUUGGCUCCGACUCGUGAGCUGGCCCAGCAGAUCGAAGAGGAGACCAUAAAGUUUGGUAAACCUCUGGGCAUCCGGACGGUGGCGGUGAUUGGAGGAAUCUCUCGAGAGGACCAAGGAUUCCGACUCCGGAUGGGUUGCGAGAUUGUCAUCGCCACUCCUGGCCGUCUGAUCGAUGUAUUGGAGAACCGCUACCUGGUCCUGGGCCGCUGCACCUACGUGGUUCUGGACGAGGCAGAUCGCAUGAUUGACAUGGGCUUUGAGCCUGAUGUCCAAAAGAUUCUGGAGUACAUCCCAGUGACCAAUCAGAAACCAGACACAGAUGAAGCAGAAGACCCUGAGAAAAUGACCAUGAACUUUGAAUCUGGGAAGCAUAAAUACAGACAGACCGUCAUGUUCACUGCCACCAUGCCUCCUGCCGUGGAGCGGCUGGCCAGGAGCUACCUGAGGCGCGCCGCCGUGGUGUACAUCGGCUCUGCUGGAAAACCUCACGAGAGGGUGGAGCAGAAGGUCCUGCUGAUGUCAGAGGGCGAGAAGAGGAAGAAGCUGCUGGAGGUUUUGGCCAGUGGCUUCGAGCCUCCCAUCAUCAUCUUCGUCAACCAGAAGAAGGGUUGCGAUGUGUUGGCCAAGUCUCUGGAGAAGAUGGGGUACAAUGCUUGCACGCUGCACGGUGGCAAAGGUCAGGAGCAGAGAGAGUUUGCGCUCUCCAACCUUAAGGCUGGAGCCAAAGACAUCUUGGUGGCCACAGACGUUGCUGGUCGAGGUAUCGACAUUCAGGACGUCUCCAUGGUCAUCAACUAUGACAUGGCUAAGAACAUUGAAGAUUACAUCCAUCGUAUUGGUCGUACCGGUCGUGCUGGUAAGAGUGGCGUGGCCAUGACUUUCCUCACCAAAGAGGACUCUGCCGUCUUCUAUGACUUGAAGCAGGCCAUCCUGGAGAGUCCCGUCUCCACGUGCCCCCCGGAGCUGGCCAACCACCCAGACGCUCAGCACAAACCCGGAACCAUCCUGACCAAGAAAAGGCGCGAGGAGACCAUCUUUGCUUGAUUAUUACUAUUUUUUAUGUGAAACUUUAUUAAAAAAAGGAGAAAACAACUCACUGCAGAUUCUUGGGUCGUGUCAUCCUGUUUUUUUUUUUCCUCACCUUGUUUUAGUGUCAUCAGUGAGCAGGACUCUGGUCUACAUUGUAUUAUAAUAAAUGUGAAAAAAGCAGUUUGAUGUGAUGAAAAUAAAAAUUAAUGCUGUUUUUUUUUAAAUAAAAUUCUUUCCCCAAAA